AUGGGGCUGGACAUCACCAAGAUGCUCACCCCCAGUAAGGCUCCAUUCUACGGUAUCGUCCCAGUGAAUGCAGCUACACCACUCAAUUCGGUGGUCCUGCCAGUUACCUUUGGUACCAAAGACAACUACCGCACGGAGUACGUCAAGUUCGAGGUGGUUGACUUUGAAUCGUCAUACCACACCAUCCUCGGCAGAUCGGCUCUAGCCAAGUUCAUGGCCAUAUCUCACUACGUCUACUUGCUACUCAAGAUGCCAGGCAAGAUAGGGGUACUCACACUCCGCGGCGACUUGAAGAAUUCGCAUGACUGCGACCAAGAGGCGAUCGAGUACGCCUCAACAUCACGCGUGAUAGAACCUUCGGCAGAAGUCUUCGCGGCCGCACAGAAGCUCGCUGACACAGAGAUGGAGGUCUCUAAUCAGAGUCCUAGCCAGUCUAGGGUAAAACCCAACCCCAGUGACAUCGGCAUCAAGACCAUCCACCUACGAGAAGGCGAUCCAUCCAAGACAGCUUUGAUCAGAGGCGGCCUGAGUGACAAAUAG